UUAGUGAUGAAGUCACUGCAGUGGCAAGAUGUGGUAAUGGUGCUGGGGGCAUUGGGCGCAGUUGCGUUAUGGCACCGAGGGGGUCUUCACACCAUCACCACAGUCUCCGAGCCAAGCCACCUCUACUCGACGCACCCCGUACCAUUCGUGGUUACUUUGUGCUCAGGCGGCAACCGCUCAGUGAAGAUAGCUAACGUAACUACCGACGAGCGGCAGCUGCGGCAGACUAUCGUGCUGCUCAAGUCUGCCGCCCUCGCCACCCGCACCCGCCUCAGGUUCAUCUUGCUGAGCGAUGACAUCGGAAUUUACGAGAAAGUCACGAAAAAAAUUGCUCAAUGGCCUCCGGAAUUCUCCAGCCGAAUUUUACUACAAUUUAGGCCAAUAUUCGUACCAAAAGAAUCUUCAAUCUUGGAAAUGUACGACAGAUGCUCAACCGAGCGGCUUUAUCUGCCGAGAGUUUUGCCGGACGUCGACAGUGUCGUCUAUCUCGACACUGACAUGAUAUUCCUCCGCCCGCCCGAACUUCUUGCCCAGCAGUUUAAUCUCUUCGACCAAAAACACGUGUUUGGAAUGGCUCAAUUGGAUGGAUACUACUCGUCCAUAAACGUUGCUGUGCCAUACGUGGGCAAGGGCCUGAGUGCAGUGCCGUUGUUGGUGAACUUGACGCGCUGGAGGCAAGGGUCUAUCGAUGAGCAGACAUUGGAAGCCAUAAUAUUAGGUUUCAAGGAUCGUUUCGACACGGGGGACCAAGAUGUGCUCAAUAUGGUCCUGAUUGAGAAGCCGGAUCUGGUGUAUCAGCUGGGGUGUGAGUGGCACGGCCAUCUUGAGCAGUGCACCGAGACCAAGUGGGAGUGCAAGUCGGUGCAGAGAGAUGGCUUCAGCCUCGUGCAUGGCAUCAGAGGGCGCUUUUUAGGAGACGAACAUAUCGAGUUCAAUAUGUACAGCCGGAUUAUUUUCCGUUCGUGGGAAGAGCACGUCCCAGGGGAGCCAAUGAGCGCUCUUGUCUCCCGCCUGCAGGAGUCGUUGAAGUCUUCUGUGAACCGCGAUUUUUGCAGGUGCAAACUAGAGGCGUUAUUCAGGUUCUUCAUCGAUGGAAGUUCCUACGAAGAAGAGUUCGUGAAAAGUAUCGAAAAAUUUUGCACGACUUAACCCCAAUCGCAGAAUCUCCAAGUUUCAUAAACAGCCCAGCGUGAAGGUCGUAGCGGCACCGUAGACCGGCAAACUGUGUGGUUUGCUUGAAAUUUCAGUACAUCAGAAUUUAUGUUUGUGUUUAUUUAUUUAUUGAAUUCCUGCCUAUUUGUCAACUUGUGUAUUUCAAACAGCGUACUCAAAUUAUGCCCAUUAUC